AUGUCCUCGCUGGAGGCACUCUUGAGCUCGCCGACGGACGUCAUCGCCGAGUGUCCUGUCAUCGGCCCCGGCGAUGUGCGUCUGGUGGCCGCCAAUCUGGAGGUCAUCUUAAACAAGUGUCUCUACUGUGUCCGCCGGACGCUGCCCGGUCCGUUGGAGGUGCUGCUCACCGUGAUGGGUGAUGCCAGCGAUCUUCAGGCAAAUAACGUGUGCGCGGGCCUGCUGCAGCCCGCCGAGGAGGGCACGUGUGCGGACGUCUUUUGCGACUUGGCGGAGCAGCUGCUGGCGCGUCGAGCCGCGGUGAUUCGCCUGCAGUUCGAUGUGGAGGUGUUCUUCAAGGUGACGCAGGUGUUUUGCUGUGCCGCGUCGCUCAAGGACCGGCUCGGCGCACGCCUUGGUGAGGUGCUGCUGGGCUUCUUGAAGGACGUUGACAUGCACGCCGACGACUAUCGCGUACACCGCCACUGCUGCAGCGCCCUCAUCUCUCUCCUGCGCGGGUCGCAGGAGAAUAAGAAGCGUUUUGGCCCCGAGUGCGCCACGAUCGCCGCCUGCCUCGACGCCUCCCAUGACUUCUUCUUCCAGAUGCAGUGCGUCGAGGUGCUCUAUCGGCUGUACAAGCAUCGUAGCUCCUUCCUAACCCAUGCCGCGGCACCUGCCACGUCCACGUCAUUAUCCUCGUCGUCAGCCAACGCGAUGACGUUGGGUGUGGCCAUCAACCCCUAUCUGCUGCGAGGCAUCGAGGCGCUGCCUAAUGACAGCACGCUGCUGCUGUGUAUACAUCAACUGCUGGACAGCUACAAUCGUGACGUGCACCCAGACAAGGUCAUAUCAUUUUCAGUUCUGAACAUCGAGGUAGGUGGCGUGACGAUGGCGCGCGCGACGACGCUGUACUUCUCGCCGUUGUUGUUGGUCGUGCUGCUUCCCGACACCAGUGACUGCAGCCGCGGUGGCGGUGGCGGUGGCGGCUACCUCACGAUCCCCUACGAGCACGUCCGCUCCGUCAAGCUGACGAAGGACCACAAGCUGGAGCUGCGCCUAUAUGUCAUUCCACAAAAACUGUCGCACGUGAUGAGCUUGGCGCAGGACGGGAUGGACAAGCUCCACGUUUCGCUGACCCGCGCCACCAUGCGCGAACUGCGCACGUCUGCCGUGCAUGAGUGGGUGGCAGAGCGGAAGCGCACGGCGCCGCGCCGUGUGACGGCGCCGGCACCACCCCCGUCACGCCGGACAGAGGCGGCAGGAGCUGGCCAUGCCCUGCCCGCCGCCUCGUCAGCUUCACCCGCACCGCCAUCAUCCUCCCACGCGAGCAGCCGUGCCGGCUCCACCGCGCGUCCGCCGCUGACGACGACCAUGACGGAGCGGCCGGUGAAUACGCAUCAGGGCGUCGGCACAGACAGUCAGGAACAACCACUCGCGCGGGGCAAGGCGCCGCACCCUCAGCUCGUGGAGGCAGUACAGCAGCAGCAGCAGCAGGCUCAACAGGAACAGGGUGGACCAGCGCAUGUGAACAGCAGCGGUGACUACGCCGCCGCGGACGAGGAAGCAGGGGGGCAGUGCAAGCGCCCAUGCCUGGAAGAGGUGCACCGCGCUGCCUCUCUCAAGGCGAUGCGUUACCGGGAGGAACAGCACGAGGCGCUGCAGCACGCCGUGGACUCGGCGAAGGAGGAGUUGGAGGCGCUGCAUCGCUGGAGCGCGCGAGAGCGUGACCAGUACGAGGUGCGCUUCCGCGAAGACAUGGAGGUGAUACGUCGGUCGGAGGCAGUGUUGAAGGAGAGCGCCACGGACUGCGUGCGGGCGUUGAACGCGGAACUGGAGGACGUGCAAGCCCUCGGCGCUCUCCUGAAGGGUGAGGUAGACAAGCUGCGGGAGCGACUCGCCAAGUCGCUCGGCAAGUCGGAGGGUGUCGAGGAGGCGCUCCUAGCGCGAAUCAAACACACAGUCGAUGCCCAGAUGCGCAGCAUCGAGGCGACGAUGCUCUCGGUGGACUCGGCAGCUUCCUCCUUGGCUGGCGCUGGUGGCGGCUCAAUUAGCGACGUCUCAAACUACAUUGCACAGCAGAUGCAGGCUAUCAGCAGCGGCGCGGUGGUGGUGGGUGCCGCUGGUGCUCGAGCGAGCACUGCUGCUGCUGCUGGUGGGACUGCGGUCAUCUCCUCUGCACGAGGCACCGGCAGCGGGCGAGCUGGGAAAGCACGGCAUGAGCCGUAG